ACACACACACACACACACACACACUAACAAACACACACACAGUGUAUCCAAGGCCCUGCUGGGGGGGCCAUGCCCAACCUGCUGAAUGCUGACGCCUCCUUCAGCUCCAAGCAGGAGCUCCUGGACCUGCAUGAUGGGCCCCUGGGCCCCACGCUGGACACCCCGAGCCCCGUGGAGUCCCAGGAUGACAGCCCCGUCGCCUCCAGCCCCGGUAGCCCCUCUGGGGGCUCGGGAAACGCCCUCGCGCCACUGGGCCUCCGUCGGACUGCGGGGGGCGGCGGCGGUGGGGACGAGGCGGCGGUGGUGGGACUGGCGGGACUAGCGGACACGGCGGAGCAGGGUGUGAAGUUUGUGCCGGACUCGUCGGAGCACGUGUGCGGCUGGGGGGCGCUGACGCCGCGCUGUGUGCAGGCGUUCAACACGCCGCGCUGGGUGCUGUUCUUCCUGUGCGUGGCCUCCUUCCUGCAGGGCAUGAUCAUCAACGGCUUCAUCAACACCGUCAUCACCUCCAUCGAGAGGCGCUUCGACCUCCGCAGCUACCAGGCCGGUCUGAUAGCCAGCUCCUAUGACAUUGCAGCGUGUGUUUGCCUGGCGUUCGUGAGCUACUUUGGGGGUACGGGUCACAAGCCGCGCUGGCUGGGCUGGGGAGUCCUCGUCAUGGCUCUUGGGUCACUUGUGUUCGCACUGCCACACUUUACAACACCGCCCUACCAGGUGAGCGUGCUGGAGCGCACCGGUCUGUGUUCCCUGAACGCCAGCGAGCCGUGUAAGGACAGUAGCUCGGCGGGCCUCUCUGCCUACCGCUACGUCUUCAUGCUGGGCCAGUUCCUGCACGGGGUGGGCGCCACGCCCCUCUACACGCUGGGCGUCACCUACCUGGACGAGAACGUCAAGUCCAGCUACGCACCCGUCUAUAUAGGCAUCUUCUACACGGCGGCCAUUGUUGGCCCGGCGGCUGGCUACCUGCUCGGAGGCUUCUUCCUCAACAUCUAUACGGAGACGGACCAAACUACGGAGUUAACCCCUGAGAAUCCUCUGUGGGUGGGGGCCUGGUGGAUCGGCUUCCUGGCUGGAGGUGCAGCAGCACUGGUGAUCGCCCUGCCCAUCCUGGGCUACCCACGCCAACUACCAGGCUCUCAGCGCUACGUGGCCAUGCGGGUGUCAGAAGCUCACCAGCUUAAGGACGGUAGUCAAAACAAAGCAUCUGACCCACAGUUCGGGAAGACAGUCAAGGACAUGCCCAGGUCUGUGUUGCUGCUGCUGAAGAACUCCACCUUCAUCUUCCUGUGCCUGGCCGGGGCCACUGAGGCCACCCUCAUCGCCGGCAUGUCCACUUUUGGACCCAAGUUCCUCGAGUCCCAGUUCAACCUCAGCGCCUCAGAGGCCGCCACCUGGUUUGGUUACAUGGUGGUGCCAGCAGGGGGCGGAGGCACCUUCCUGGGCGGCUACAUUGUCAAGAAGCUGAACCUGCGCUGCCGCGACAUCAUCCGCUUCUGCAUGACGUGCGCGCUGGUCAGCCUCGCGGCCAUCUUCAUCUUCCUCAUCUCCUGCCCCAACAUGCCCAUGGCCGGGGUGACGGCCCCCUACAGGGGCGGAGAGCUACUGCACCCUCCGACGCAGACGCAGACACAGUCGCCGGCACAGGACCUCUAUCUGCAGCAGUACGAGAGCGAGGGCACAUACUACAACAGUUCUGUGGAGGGUAACCUGACGGUGGCGUGCAAUGCGGGCUGCCACUGUGUGAAGGAGCUGUACAACCCUGUAUGUGGAGCUGAUGGAGUCAUGUACUACUCCCCCUGCCACGCCGGCUGCAGCGGCAUCAACCGCACUCACAGCCACGACGGCAAACAGGUGUUCACGGGCUGCAGCUGUGUGGUGGGCAACGUGUCGUCGUGGGGGCACGAGGGCCUGGCGCUGGCGGGCAAGUGCGGCUCCUCCUGCCACUACAUGCCGGCCUUCCUCACCUUCCUCUUCGUCGUCAUCCUCUUCACCUUCCUCUGCAGCAUCCCCGCCCUCACCGCCACGCUCAGGUGUGUUCCAGACACCCAGCGCUCCUUUGGUCUAGGGAUACAGUGGAUCGUGGUGCGCACACUGGGCGGUAUCCCGGGGCCGAUAGCGUUUGGCUCUGUGAUCGACAUCUCAUGCCUGCUGUGGCAGGAGCAGUGUGGGGAGCAGGGCUCAUGCUACCUGUACCAGAACUCAGCCAUGAGCCGAUACACACUCAUCGCAGGGGUCAUCUACAAGUCGUUGGGGACCCUGUUCUUCCUGCUGGCCAGCGUGCUGUACCUGCCUCCCCCCGAGUCUCCCCAGAGCAGCUGCGAGAGCACGGACCACGGCACUGGGGACAGAGACAGGGACCGAGACAAGCGGGACAGCGCUGGGGACAUGGGAGACCUGCCCAUCAAGGACCUGCCAGAGGGGGUGAUCGCCAACGUCCACGCCCGACUAUGAUGUCUUAAACACAGCCAUCACCUCUCUCCCACACUGUGGGUGUGGGGUGACGUAUGUGUGUGUGUGCAUGUGUGUGAGGGGGUCGUAUGUACAGUAUACUGUGUGCGUACCUGUUUGUGUGUUUCUGUACAAAGCCAAUGUCCCUCAGUGGAGUAGGCCUACAGUGUGUGUGUGUGUGUGCGCGCGUGCGUCGAAACAGCCUUCAUCAGUGUAUGGGGGGAGGGGAUAUUGUAUCUGUGCGUGUGUCUCUGUGUGCGUCUGUGUAAAAGCAGCCUUCACCAGUGUGUUGGAGGGAUACUAUAUGCGUCUGUCUGUCUGUCUUUUUGUGUACAAACAAACAGCCUUCACCAAACAAAAACACUGCGCCCUCUCUUCUUCCGAAGCACACACACUGUCAGUGGUCAUGUGAUCACACCUAUACGCACACCCACAACCCCUUGCCGCGCUCCUCCAUCUCUGUGAUUGGUCAAGUCAUGUACGCACAGUCACACCCACUACGCUCGCUCACAACCCCACCUGACCACUCCUACCCUCCCCUAUGCGUAGGAAGUGAACCCUUAUUGAACAGUCCUAAUGCUUUACAGUACAGUUGGCCAAAUUCCUUCAGUGUGGUCGACGGCAUGUGUGUGCAGGCCCGCCGACAGGGGGGACAAAGGGAUAUGCUGACCCGGGCCCAGGUUAAUAGAAUUGGGUCCCAAUUACAUUGUUUGUAUUGGAUAGGGGGCCCUGUCAGAUGACUUUGUCCUGGGCCCAGGCAAAAGCCUGUCAGCGGCCAUGUGUGUGUGUGUGUGUGUAGUGUAUGUGUGUGUAUUAUGUAUAAGGUUUGCACGAAACUGAAAGAUCUAGAGGUGUAUUUAAAACAUGACAGAGACACUCCAAUGUUCUCACUUAGUUCUCACUCGUUGCCAUAACCGAGAUUGUUUUUAUUUUCAGUCCCAGAGACCAUAGCUACAGUACACAAUGUCAUAAAGGUUUUUUUUCCUUCGUUGAGUAAUAUUUCAGAAAGACUAAGAACAAAACUAUUUGCGAUGUUGCAUUUGUGUACACAUUAUUUUUAUGUACAUGUAAAGUAGCAACUGAUCGAAUUCCUGAGGGAGAAUGAGCCUACAUCCGAUAUUAUAGCAGAUGUUCUCUUAACAAGAUAUUCCGUAUUUUAAUGAUUACUCUAUUUGAAAGCUCAACAUGAAGUCAUUAUAUUAUUAUUAAGUCAUUAUAUUCGCAAGCAUACAGCUUUUUUUGUCUAUUCACAGUAUAUCGUCUUAUGUAAAUGAACCACCAUGAUAACGACAUGAAAUCAUAUUUAUUGCCAUAUUCGAGGAAGCACUUACUUGCAUUUAGCAGAUGAUGUACUGUAUAUUUUAUCAAAAGCACAUAACUAUAUAUCAUAAAGACCUGUGGGCCCAGGGGAAGAAGCACCUGGAAUGAAAUGUGUCAGUGAAUGGAGACCUGUGUGUGUGUGUGCGUGCCUGCGUGCGUGCGUGUGUAUGUAUGUGUGUAUGUAUGUGUGUAUGUAUGUGUGUAUGUAUGUGUGUAUGUAUGUAUGUGUAUGCAAGCACGUGUGUGUGUGUGUUUGAGGCAACAUUAACUUUAUCCAUAGGGGUGAGUUGGAGCGGGUUGACAGGACUGGCUGCCUGUACACCUAUCCACACUCCAUUCCUCCAUUCCUGCUUUUGCCCUCGUCUUUCCUGCACAUCAAUCAAACCCCCCAUGUCCCAUCAUGCAGUGCACUUUAAAGCAGUCACCAGGGACCCGCCCGGUCCGUCAGCAGCAACACUGUGCUCAGAACCGUAGACAUGUAUACAUAGACGCCACAUUGAAAAUGAAGGGAAAAAGGGAAAGCCCAACUGGGAAACUCCAACUCCCAUUGUCAUUGAGACUCAGCUCUCCACAGCCCACAAUUGCACGCUGCAAAAUUGCUUUUAUGCCUCAAUCAUGCAAGGGGGUCGCCCGAAAGGGAGCAGCACGGCGGGACAGUACCAUACUCAGGGUACCUCAGUCAUGGAGGAGAGCACUGGUUAAUUACUCCCCCUCCAACCUGGCGGGUCGGGAGUCGAACCAGCAACCUUUGGGCUACAAGUCUGACACCCCAACCACUUACCCAUGACUGCCCUGCCCAUUGGAUAGCUCUGCUAGAACCAUGGGCUUAUAGCAUGACUACGAGCACAAAGUCCUACUAUCUUUGAGCAGCAAUGAAUUGGCCGUGGACAUUUCAGCAAUGUGACUCGAGUGAAAGGGAUGAUGUUAACGGUCAUCUCCCUGACUGUGAUACGGCUAUAGUAUAGCCAAAGGCUGUUUACCAACCCCUUGUAUUGCUUUUACGUUGCCAUGUCCCAUUCACCACUGUUGCAAGAUGGCGUCGACUCGAUGUACUGCGUACUACUCAUAGCCCGGAAGUCAAUGAAGCGUCUAUCUGUAUAUCUCUAUGGUCAGAACAGCCUUAAGGGAUGACAUUGGUGUCCAACGAUGACGCCAUCUUUCCUUAACCUCACUCACCUGUACCUGUCUACCUACCUACCUACCUACCUGUACUCUACAGAGGCAGGCAGCCCAGACUUGAGAAGUGAAAGCUCUGCCAAUUAUGCCUUCCGCCUUUGUCCCUAGUAACACAAAUGGUGUCCCUUCUUACAGUAACACAAGUGAUGUCAGUCACUGCUGAAUACAUCUGCCUGGUUAAGAUUUUUUACUGAUGGGAUCAGCCGAUUAAAUACAUUAAUUGGCAAGAACAAGUAAGACAUAUGCCAAUUCUUAAAGUGUCUUUUGUUUCUGACAUGAAAACUUUUAUUUAUCUUUUACCUGACAUGUUUCGACGCUGAGACUUCCGUCUUCAUCAGAGGGUUGUGACUCUUAGACACACAGUAAUGGUCGUAGUAAGUAAGACAUAAGGUAUAUGGCAGCAUGUUGAACUUCUGAAGCUGGGAUGAUUGCCUCUGAUAGACAAACACCAUAUAUAGAAACUGUCAAGCGCAGCAACACUCCACAGAAUGCCAUGGGCUGUUUUUAUGUGUUCCAUUGUUUGUUUGUUUUUUAAGCUUUUGUGCGUUCUUUGUAACUUUUUACGGACCAAUUGUGCCAAAGCACUGUAACUCCUUACAGAAAGAAAUUAAUUGUUUUUUGUUUUUUACUUUAUUUGCUUGUCAUAGACUGUUCUCUUUUUAUUAGAUUGGUUUUUUGUUGAAGGGUGCAGAGAACACCUAGCACUCAAUGUGUAGCAGGUGCCAAUUGAGUUUAACGGACAUUUGCUCUUAAAUGUUGUGGUGAAUCAACUCCCAAACCGGUUUAGAUCCCGUCUGCUGUCCUCGGGUGGAUGUAGCUUCUUUUUUAAACAUUACUCGUUAUCUAUUUAAAGGGGUAGGGCACUAUUUUGGGGCUUAAUACAGUUCAAAUCGUUGGCCAGGGUUUAUAAAGAUGGUAAAGUGUCUUAUUUUUCAUGUUAGGCGUUGUCUAUCUAGUGAAAGUCAUUGGAUCGCUGUAGCAUGUGUGAUCCAUGACUCUCACUAGCUUAGAUACUUGCUCCCUCCUUAAAACAAGACAACGCCUAACAUGAAAAAUAAGACAUUUUACCACCUUUAUUAAACCAGGGCAACAAUUUUAACUGUAUUCGGCCCCAAAAGAGUGGCAUACCCCUCAUGCAACAUACCAAUAUGGGAAGCUGAUGGCACAAAGCAAAGAAGUUUCCCGCUUGAACGAAUACGUGACCAAGUCAACGUAGCCGAUUCUACAGCCAUCAAACAUGUGCUUUUGCAUUUGUCAAAGGAAUGAAUUUAUUUAUUUUUUACUUUAUUUAUUGAUAAAUAUCAUUGUUUUAGUUUCUCUGAAUUAAUGUAUGUAAAAAAUAUAUGUGUUUCGGUCUCUUUGAAGUUGAAGUCCUCUGUAUGUAGAGGGUCAGACAUUUCCAAGCUUUCCAUUCCUCUGAAUUUAUGCAAUGUACCUGUAAAAGAAAAGUCGGCACAAGACAGUGUUGGUGGUUGAGGAGAUGUGUCUUUCCAAAUUGCCAAUGUUGUGAAAACUGUGUGUGUGUGUGUGUGUGUGUGUGUGUGUGUGUGUGUGUGUGUGUGUGUGUGUGUG